AUGGUAAUCAACGUUUACACUACAUCUUCAACGUCUGAUAAAUCCUCUCGUCAUGAACUUUUAGCAUUUGUUAACAGCUGUUUGCAAAAACUUCAACAAGAAGAACUUUUGGUAAAACAGACUGGCGUAAAGCUGCUGGUAUUAUGUCCCAUAAACGCUGCUCUACAACUGUUUAAGCAUCUUGCUGCUUACCGUCCGCAGAGCACUGGUCGUUUUCUCACCCCUGCUCUGGAAUCCGCUGAAAUUGGAGUCGAUUAUUCUUUAUUGUUCAACGACCUUAUAAGCGGAGUCAAAGCUUGGGUACGCAUCCGACUUUUAGAAGUGAUCAUGAAAGAGCAAAACAUUUUGAAAAAUUUGAUAUGCAAAAGAUCAAGGCGAUUUGAAGACGAAGCAAACCUUACACGUAUCGAAGAGCUGAGUACCGGAGCAGCUUAUUGUCAACUGACAGAUUUGUUGUUCCGUGGAAGUAUACCAUUAAAAAAAGUCAAGUGGAACAGCAGAACAGAUGUCGACUGCCUUCACAACUGGAGACUACUGCAGUUCGCAUGGAAAGAAUUGGGUGUCAACAAGGUACCGUAUUUCACUUAUGCAAAACAAGUAAUUCCAGUAGAGAGACUGGUAUGUGCCAAAUUUCAAGAUAAUUUCGAAUUUUUACAAUGGUUUAAAAAAUUCUUCGAUGCAAACUACGACCGAACUCCUUAUGAUGCUCUAACAGCUAGAAAUUGGGAGAUGCUUCCCCCUGGAAGUUCAAGCAAAACAAAACUCACAUUGAAGAACACGAAAGCUAUCGCUAACGACGUACCACCUGCUUCAACAAGGCAAAGAGCGCCUCAACAAACAAAAAUGCCUCAGAAUAAAGGAAAUUUGGGAAUCAGCACAAAAGGCGGUGACAUUGCUGAAGACGCAACUACCAUUGACGAUGCCACCGAUUUUCAAAUCAGAAUGCUUGAAGAUCGCUGCAAGCGGCUAGUAAGCAAUGUGAGCAUUGGGUCUUGA